AAUUCACAUUUUCCACAAUACGAAGAAUUUCUACGUCCACGCAAUCUGCAUCCAGCAGGACCAAAAAGGCUCAACAGACAAGCUGCUCCAAAAAUACAAUCUCCUCCCACACGACCGACUCAUCCGAAGCCCCAAGUGCCCUCAGACGAAUAAAAGCAAACACCAUGGAAAAAAAUAAGCGAUCCGUUCCUCCCGACAGCUCGUGCUGCACUCCGAGCGGAGUUGGAGUUCGAAUGGAGCUCCAGCAUCGAACUCCCACCAGCGUACUCGAACUUCGAGUCUCGACCGAGCGGGUCCAUAGCGCCUCCACCGACUCGUCUCCGCCGCCGCUACUGCCACCACCACGUUUCCGCAACCACCACCACCGACGGCGUCUCCACCACCACCAGCAGCAGCACCACCACCAUGGCAAGCCAGCAGCGGCGCCCAAGAGGCGAAGGGCCCCGAGGUUUCUGCGCUCCGAGUCAGUUGGCCGACAUGAGCCGCGCGCGUUGGGGCUCCCGGUGUCUGUACGCUCGUUAAGGGUGCUAUUCGAAAAACGCGAUCGUGGCGUGCGCACCGCUUCCUCGAUUGAAAUGUACGCGGAUCGAGCGGACCGCGCUUAUCGCGUACAAUUUAUCGAACUGAUCUUUGCCGAUUCUCCGAUUCGAAGCGACGAGUGUAGAUAGCUUGAAGCUCGUUGAAUAAAAAAAAAAAAAA